AUGGAUAGAGUUGUUUGCUUGGCUAUCAUGUUCCACAGAGCACCAAAACAUUCCAAGAUGUCGGUGGUUUACGUCGAUUAUUACGAAGAUGAGUUGAAGCGCCGUCUUGAAAAGCUUUCCCGCGUUUACGACAUGUCUACUAUGAAGAUCUUUAUGGCAGUGGAGGCAAUCGGAGAAACGUUGAUGUACAAUACAUACAGCAGAGAAAAACAACAUCGCUGGGAAUUCUUUAUCACCAGACGAGAAGCUUGCCGACUUGAUCUUGAUAAACACGACAGAACGCGCGAUAAAUACUUAUACUUUCUCCUUCAUAUUCCCGCCGAAAUUCAAGGUCAACAAUUUCAUGCCGCCAUGUUGUCACAGCUUCAUUCUCGAGGUGCAGUAGAUACAUUCCAUUACCUGACGUUCACCAAAGAGGAAGACUCGGCAGCCUCGUUCUGUGGAUUUUUGUGCCGUCUGUUUUCCAGGAAAAUUGAAAUGUGGUUUAAUUCCUUCGAGGCUCUUGCGAUUCAACUCACAGCACAUGUAAAAGUUUCAAACAUGGUUCGUGUUUUAUCUGGACAGAUUGACGCUCUGUGUCGUAGAAAAGGAAAACUACACGUCAUGAAUAUUAAAUCUACUGGUCUUUCUACACCAAGACCGUUAGAUAUAGCCGAACUGUGCCUUGCCAAAUGUAUGGCUAUCCAAAAUGGUUUAGCCUCGCCAAAUGAACUCAGACUAACUCUACUCAUCUGUCAUUUUACAAACGAACGUCCAAUUCUAAGACUGUGGGAAUACCGACCCUCAGCUGAGAUGGAACGAGCGAUUCGGGAAGCUGAUAUAGAUAAAAUGAUCGAUGCUGGAAAACUAACACAGUAUCACGAAUUCUGGAAAGGAAAUGUUCAUAAAUUCACUGAAUUAGUUCAUGUUUACAAAUAA